UGAUUUGCAGUGACCCUUCCCUCUAAGGGGACAAGUGGACCCAGACCUUUUCCGGAAAAUGCCCCCAUAGGAUAACAGAGCCACCGGACCCCCUCACUGUAGGGGUAAAGCAUUCAGGCCUGUACCGUUCUCUUGGUGUACACCACACACGCACUCACCCACUUGUUGAGAAUAUUGUGAAGGAUGACUCAUCUGAUCAUAUCACUUUUCCACAUCUCUGCAGAACAGUGUGUAUGGUUUUUGCACCACUGAACUCUAAAAUGUGCGUUUUUCAUUGUAAUGAGGGGUUUAUGCCCCCUUCUAUAAUACCCCUCUCUAUGUAGUUGUCUACGGAAGGAAGGGAAGGAAGAGUUUGCUCUUCUGUUUUUCCUUACAUACUGCACUAAUGCAUGAGCAUCAUGGUCAUCAAAUGUUAGCUUUUGUCCCCAAUUCCCUCCCUAUUUAUGGCUGUCUUUCCUAUAGAUCUAAAUGCAGAUAUCACUUUUGUCACUGUUCCUAUUGAAACACUAGCAAGUCGAGGAGUCUUUGUGACUGAAGCUCCUGCCAUCCAUGCCCCGAUAAUGAACCAUUUUUCAAAGUCACAUAUCUUUUCCUCUGGCCACCUUGAACCAAAAUCUGAAUAAAUGAGUGUAGGAAUUAUUUUUCCCAAACAAUUUGACAAAAAGCGAUGAAACUUGUGUCCACAGAUACUCCUUAGGGCAGUCCUAAAGCAUUAACCAGAUUAAACCACUCGGUGGCGCUAUGGAGCAGAACAAAAAUUUACAAAAACCACAGGUUCUUUGUAGACAUUUGAAACUUGCUCAGCUGACCAAGCACCUCGUUAGGAAUAUGCCUCAAUAUGUUUUUUUGUAUUUGCAUAUGUAUUUGCGUGUGCUUGGUCUCCUUAAUUUCUGCUUGCAGCUAUAUUUUAGUUUUAUAUUUGUUUUUGGGAUCAGCCAAAUAAUUACGUGAAAAAUGCGUGAAAUUGACUUCUGAAAUCAAGCCUAGUGGACAGCACGUUGUGAACGUACAAUUAGGAAGUAAAUUUCAGAUAUUUUUGAACUGUUUGGUCUUCCACGUACAAACCGCUACUUCAGCAUCGCGGGAGUUGUAGGCUAACGCAAAUACAUGACAAAGAGGUUGGAGACGCGUCCUGAAAACUUGCGCUUUUAUUGGAUACGCGUGGUUGCUAUGGGCGUGGAAUUCAUUCGUAGAAUGGUACAGCGCUCCGGAUGGAAUGUGGAUGAUUGAACUGCAAGGAUGCUCUACUCUUACCGUCUUAGUAUUUUUAUUUCAGGACCGGUGACAACGCAUUGCACCGCAAAAUUUCGCACAGCCGAAGCCUCGAUAUAACCACGGCCGUCCUUGGCGCUCCGGAGCUUGCAAACCUUUUGGAGCAGAGUUGUUUUGACGUGUUCAGUUUAAAAUUUCGCAAAUAUAUGGUCGCGAGGAGGGUAUACAGCUACUGCGUAUCUUUCGUUUUCUCUGUAUGAGUCGAACAUGCGUUUCAUUUGGCUGACAGCUCGAGUCCAAAGCCUGAUGACGGAGAGAAUAGAUUAAAACACUUGCUCGCUUUGCAGUUUUGUGUUGGGUCUGUUUUUAGAUUUGCUGUAGGUAGGCUACCCAAGUCAGCUAUUUCGAUCAGUAAUUAAUAUAAGCCAAGUAUAUACCCUAUAGCCUACACGGCAAGUUGUGUGCGUGUCUGCGCGCAUCAUCAUUUUGUAUUUAAAUAUUUAACGAUAUAUGGACUGUUACGAGGCUGUGAUGUAACUGCAAAGGACAUGUAAGGUCCCUCGUUGACAGUUUUAUGUAUGGAGGGUAGUGUACUGUGACGCUUCUAACUUACAACCAUGCGUUUGCAGACGGUGCUAGGCUAUUUUGUAUUUCAGGCGUACAGUAUUUCACUUGCCAAAUGACACUUGCUUAUUUCUGUAAAUAAUAACGAUUGGAAUUUGUGUUGACACCCAAUGCAUAUGAUUAGCAUCGAAUUUGGAAUUUCACGUGGGUGGAGGCAAAAACAUCUUUGUCAUCGUUAUUUUAUUUUUUAUUUUUUUAGUUUGGUUGUCAACGUAGUCCGUAGCUAGCCUACAGUGCUAUCGAUGACACCGAACUGCGUCAGCGAGGGCUUCAGUUGCAGGUAGCUACUGUAUGCGCUCAGCCACUACUGCUGGCCUAAAACCAUGCUAAAAGCAGUCUCGGGGUCGUCCAUGAUAAAUAUUUAAUCACUACGCUAAGAUGGAAUCAGGGGACGAAUUCAAUGCGAAUCCUCCACUGGGAUACACGUAUUCAUCUGCCCCAAAAUCAGAAUGUGAACUUAGCAUUAAAUCCUUCAUGUAUGGAGCCACCAGUGACACUAACAUCAGCAACAUGGACACUGCAGUACCGCCGAGAGGAGGUAGCGACCCCAGCAUGUACCCUUCAUCUGGUAAGAAGUCACAGGUCCGUCCAAGGUUCAUCAGGAGAACUUUGUGGUUUGCUGAUUCUGAGGAGCAAACGUUUGAGGCAACGGAAUGCGAGAGCCACUCCAAUGUCCGGAAUAUAAACCUCCCAGAAGCGACACACGGGAGAACGGGAGCUUGCGUAGGCUUUCUGGUACCCGAGGGGUCCGGCACCGAUAGUCUUGCCCAAACGGGCAGCGCUUUAGAAAGCCCCAGUCCAGACGUGGGUAAGGAGAAAGAUGACACGGAGCAGAAACCCGGGGAUAACUCUGCGAUAAAUGUGCAGAGCAAUGGAAAAGCGCAGAGUGACGAGAAUGAAGAGGAAGCCGAGAUGAAAGCGGUCUCUACGUCCCCGGGUGGUAGAUUUCUUAAGUUUGACAUUGAGCUCGGAAGAGGCUCCUUCAAAACGGUCUACAAAGGUCUGGACACCGACACUUGGGUCGAGGUUGCCUGGUGUGAACUUCAGGAUCGUAAGCUGUCCAAAGCAGAGAGGCAGAGGUUUAAGGAGGAGGCGGAGAUGUUGAAAGGGUUACAGCACCCCAACAUUGUGCGCUUCUAUGACUUCUGGGAGUCACUGCUGAAAGGGAAGAAGUGCAUAGUGCUGGUCACAGAGCUUAUGACAUCGGGGACCCUAAAAACAUAUCUGAAGCGGUUUAAGGUGAUGAAGCCCAAAGUUCUGCGCAGCUGGUGCAGGCAGAUCCUGAAGGGCCUGCAUUUCCUGCAUACCAGAGCCCCGCCCAUCAUUCACCGUGACCUCAAAUGUGACAACAUCUUCAUCACGGGUCCCACUGGCUCCGUCAAGAUUGGGGAUCUGGGGCUCGCCACCCUGAAGAGGACCUCCUUUGCUAAGAGUGUCAUCGGGACUCCGGAGUUCAUGGCCCCAGAGAUGUAUGAGGAGCACUACAACGAGCUGGUGGAUGUGUACGCCUUCGGAAUGUGCAUGUUGGAGAUGGCCACUUCCGAGUACCCCUACUCUGAGUGCCAGAACGCUGCACAGAUUUACCGCAAAGUCACCAGUGGCGUGAAACCAGCCAGUUACAACAAGAUCACAGAUCCUGAAAUUAAGGAGAUUAUAGGAGAGUGUAUCUGCUACAAAAAAGAAGAGAGGUACUCCAUACGGGACCUCAUGGACCAUGCCUUUUUCGCAGAGGACACAGGGGUGAGGGUGGAACUCGCAGAGGAUGAUGAUGGAAAGAAGACUUCAAUCGCCCUGAAACUGUGGGUGGAGGACCCCAAAAAACUGAAGGGCAAAUACAAAGACAGUGGAGCGGUUGAGUUUACCUUUGACCUGGAGAAGGAGGUCCCAGAGGAUGUGGCUCAAGAAAUGGUGGAGUCAGGCCUCUUCCAGGAAAAUGACGUAAAGAUUGUGGGGAAGUCCAUACGAGACCGGGUUGCCCUGAUCCAGUGGAAGCGGGUGAGGAGGGUGAAGGGGGUCCCAGCAUGUGACAGAGAAGAACAAGGAGACCAGGACCGGGUGCAGGGGGUGCAUGAGGUGCAAGAGCCAGAGCCCCCAAAAGUGCAGCUUGCCCCUCCGCUGCAGGUCCCUGCUGUUAAGUCCCAAAGCUGCCAGCUGUCUCAGCUCGAGCCAGAGGACCCGGUGUCUGACCACAGCGCUCCAAUCAUCAACCUGCCCGGCAGCGCCACCUCUGACCAAUCAAACGGAACCUUUGACAGUGGCUUGAGCUCUGCAGUAUACUCUGACAGCCAGCACAGCAACCCCUACCAAUACCAACAGGAGCCCUUUCCCAUUAUCUCCUCAUCUACACAGCAGGUGUGUAGCCCUCCAGCAGAGCCCUCAUGCUCCCUGCCCCAGGGGGCCUAUCAAUCUUCAGCACAGCUGUAUCAGGGGGCCCACCCCCAGGCCUCAGACCACCUGAAUCAGGAGACCUAUCCCCAAUCUUCAGCACAGCUGUAUCAGGGGGCCCACCCCCAGGCCUCAGACCACCUGCACCAGGAGGCCUAUCCCCAAUUUUCAGCACAGCUGUAUCAGGGGGGCCACCCCCAGGCCUCAGACCACCUGAAUCAGGAGGCCUAUCCCCAAUCUUCAGCACAGUUGUAUCAGGGGGCCCACCCCCAGGCCUCAGACCACCUGCACCAGGAGGCCUAUCCCCAAUCUUCAGCACAGCUGUAUCAGGGGGCCCACCCCCAGGCCUCAGACCACCUGCACCAGGAGGCCUAUCCCCAAUCUUCAGCACAGCUGUAUCAGGGGGCCCACCUCCAGGCCUCAGACCACCUGCACCAGGAGGCCUAUCCCAAGCCCUCAAUGCAGUUGCUACAGGGUGCUUAUCCCCAGUCUGCAACACAGCAACCCCAGGAAGCCUAUGUCCAGCCCUCAGUCCAGCUGCUCCAGGGGGCCUAUUCCCAGCCUUCAGCCCAGCUGCAUCCAGGAGAUUACCAUCAACCAACUGCGCAAAGCUUCCAACAGGCUGCUCAGCCAUGCCAGCCCACAGAACAGAGCUUCCAGCAGUCUGGACAGCCCUGCCAACAGUCUAUGCAGACCUUUCCAGCUGCAUUGUCCCCUCCAGCAGCCCAGCAGGACUGUCUCUCAGAGGGCCCCUCCCAACCAGGCCAUGACAGACAGCCCCACCUGCAGCAACUCCACCAAGUCCCACCUACUGAGCCAGGCCACACCACUCAUACUGUGGUUCUGCCCGUCCAAACCUCUCCCCAGUUCCAGAUCUCCACAACCUCACCACCCUCUGCACAGUUCUCUCUGCCAUAUCCUGUCAUUCCAGCAGGAGGCAGCCUUGCUGAAUGUGUUUCCUUCCCGGUUACCCUCGUCCCCCCCACCUCAAGCUUUCCCACUACCAGCAUGGUGAGCCCAGCCAUGCCCACCCCCAUCCCCACAGCCAGCCCCGCCUCCGUCAUGCAGUCCUUGCCUCAGCAGUGCACGGGUGUGGUGCCCUCCACCUCUCUGCAUCCCACGGCUGUGCCCACAUUGCCCCAGCACCAGGGUGCACUCACAGAUCCCCCAACCACACAGCCUGCUCGUAUCCCAGAGUUCCCUGCAGUACAGCCAGCCCCACCCCACAGUGCCCCUUCUUUUCCACAGCCAGCCCUGCCCUGCCAACCAACCCUGGGCCACACUCUGCCUGAUCCAACCCCGCCCCCUGAAAUACCCCCACCCUCUCUGCCUGAACAAGCCCUGCCUUUUCUUCAGUCAGUGGUCCAGGACCCAGCUCCAAUCCUGCAGCCAGCUGGUGCCCUGAUGGCCACGCCUUCUACCAAUGUCAGCCAACCCGUGAGUCAGUACAGCCUUGUUACCAUGGAAAUUCCAUCCCUGCCACCUGCAGAGCCAAACAUCAUGGACUCCAGAGCAGAAAAACCAUUAUUAUAUCAAAACUACGCCUAUGACAGUGUGAACUCGGACACGGCCUCGGGCAGGGAGAUGAGUGACAGCGCAGAAGGGACGACCGGCAGCGGGAAGGCGGAGGGGAAACCACGGAAACACCACCGAAAGUCUGCCCGCACCCGCUCCCGCCAGGAGAAGUCCAGCAAGCCCAAACUGAGCAUGCUCAAUGUCUGUGACACAGGAGACAAGAUGGUGCAGUGCCAGCUAGAGACUCACAACCACAAAAUGGUGACAUUCAAGUUUGACCUGGACGGCGACGCUCCUGAGGAAAUCGCCACUUACAUGGUGGAGAAUAACUUCAUCCUGCUGGUGGAGAGGGAGAUGUUCAUUGAGCAGCUGAAGGACAUAGUGGAUAAAGCUGAGGACAUGCUGAAUGAGGAGCUGGAGGGAGGGAGGAGCUCAGAUCAGGGCACCAGCCCUGAGCAAGGAAACGCAGAGCAGAAUGUGAGGACACUGCUGCCUGAUACGGAACAGCCUGUUUACCAGCAGAAUGUGCUCCAUACUGGAAAACGGUGGUUCAUCAUCUGCCCUGUAGCUGAAACCUCCACCCAGGAAGAGGAGGAGGAGUCACCUAAACAGCACAGCAACACAGAUCCGCUGGCCAGUCAGUGGCCUGAGGGUGUGGUCAGAUCACGAGGCUCCGCCUCCUCACCCUCAGCUACGGCUCCACAAUUCUAUGGCCCUGUGGCUCCAGCCCAGUCAGAGGGCGUGGCACGUACUGCUCUCCGUGGUUCCGUCUCACCUGUCCAGGUGGCUGAGCUAGCCGAGGAGGUGCCUUGCUGCCCCCUGGUGCCAGCUCUGACCUCUGACCUGACUGGUGACCUGACUGCCAUGCCACUGCUCCCGCCCGCCCACAGCAGCCCCGCCCCCGGCCCUCCCCCCCAGCCCGGGCCUGUCCUGCAGCAGCCCUGCGCCACGCCCAUCCUGCAGUCAUCAGUGGGUGGGAUCAAGCAGUCCUCACUACCCCAAAGCCCUGCCCAAGUGUCACAGAUCUCCACUCCUGGCCCCGCCCCCAUGCAUCAGGCAGGGCUGGGCGAGUCAGAUGGGGAGGGGCCUCCCAGGGCGGGGCUGGUGGACAGCACCAUCAAGACGCUGGACGAGAAACUGCGGAAUUUGCUGUACCAGGAGUAUGUGCCCCUGUACCCGACCGGCAGCACUGCAGGGACCCCCGGAGAGUAUGUCUACUCCCCUGGCCCGGGUGGAGCAGCAGGCGGGUCUGAACGACAGGCUCACGUCCCGUCAGGGGAUGGGUUCUCCAGGAAAGGCGACCAAUUGCCUCAGAUCCCAGAGAGACAAGGCAGUCUCAGCUCGCUCAGUGACUCUGUUAUCAGUGCUUCAGGAAGGGGAGGAGCCAAGAGUCACACAAUUUCACAUUCUACUUCCUGCUCUGGGGCCAGGAGCCGGUUUAAGUUUAUCAUGGGCCCUCAGGACCUCAGUUGGAGUCAGGAGCAGAAGCUGAGGAGCUGGAGUGCCUCUGGCUCUCCAGCACCCUCCGGUGGCUCAGGCUGGGAUAGCAAGGCCCCCAGCGCCACCCCUGGCCGGUUCUCUGUGGUCAUCGGCAGAGACGAAGCGACUGUGAGGACUCGCAGGAACACCUUCUCCACGACCCAGGACUUCUGCCUCGGCGCACCCCCCUCAGCCCCCAGAAUCCCCCCUGUCCCGCGCGCGUACACCUGCAGCCCUUUGGACCGGUCCAGGCACCCCCGCCGCCUCUCCACCGACUCGGGGGAGGAGAGCAGCCCGGCAAAGGUGCCACCUGCUCCGCCUGGCCACGCCCACGGACUCCCCCGGCGCAGGAGCAGGGACCUGAUGAAGAAGGCGGUGGCCUUCCUGCGGCGGUCUGGCCGCAGCAGCAGCGUGCAGAGCUCUGAUUCGCCCAGCCGGCUGGACGCCACACCCGCCCACCUCUCCCUGCAGUCCUACUACUCCUACGCCAGCAGCGACAACGAGUCUGAGCUCGAGGACACAGACAUGAGGAAGGAGUUACAGAGACUCAGGGAGAAGCACUUGCAGGAGAUCUCAGAGUUGCAGGCCUAUCACAGAAGAGAGGUUGAGGCACUGUAUAACAAACUGGGAAAGGCCUUCCCUCCCACUCUGGGAAUGUCCCACACAGCGCCCCCCAUUGGCCGCAGGCGGAAAGCAAACAAGCACAGACUGAAGGCCGGAAAGCUCUUCAGCCCUUUGGUCCAACAGCUGAAGAGCGCAACCACUAAAAGCAGUGAGCCUACGAAAGUGACUGAUUCACCAUUAAAAGAUGUGGGCGUGGCAGAUGGCUCCGCCCCCUAUGCUACUGCCACUCUGCCCUCCUCGGUACCAGAACCGGUCCAAACACAGCCCUGCUCACUUAAGAGCUCACUUUCCUCUGACAACAUCUACACUGGGACCCAGAGCCAGGGCCAAGGUUGGAGGCAGCAGCAGCAGCCGGCCGCAGAGAGGGUCACCUACAAGCCAAGCGGCAAAGCGCGGGCUCGAUUCCUGGGCGGGCCCGUCUCUCUCUCCAUCUGGUCCACUCUGCGGCGCUUGUGCGUGGGUAAAGAUCGUGGAAACAGGUCAUCCACUAGCAGCACAAUGGCCACAGCAGCAUCCAAUCAGCAGCAGUCUGCAAUGUCUUCAUCUCCUCAUCAUCAGCAAAUCACAGGGUUUGCCCAGGCCCAAGCGAAUAAUAGCAACAACAAGAGGGGCUCCUUCGCAGACGACCUACACAAGCUGGUGGAUGACUGGGCUCGAGAGACACUGGAGGCUACGCUGGCAAGGCCUGCUCCCAGCCCAGAUAGCUCCACCUCCAGCUCAAACAGGUCCACCCCUUCCCUGAGACGCCCCACCCCCAACCAUGCUGGACUGCAAUGGCUGUGGAAUGAGAUUAGUGCCACCGAGGUGAAUUUAGGCAGCCCCCCUCUGCCCCUCUCCUGUCCACCAUUGGCUGUGUGUGACCCUGCCCUGCCCCCUGCCGUGAGCUGCACCCCUGAGGCGGGGGUCCUGCCCGGCUGCCUGACGCCCACACGCCCCCUAGGACGGGCAAUGUCUGUGCCCCUGUAUGCAGCACUGUGGCCAGGUGGGAUCAAUUCAGGGGUCACCUCAGGGGCUGUGGUGUGCCCCUUCAUAAAGGGCCCAGUGCCCCAGGCCACAUUGCUCCAAGAUCCUGUCAUAGGGAUCAUAGACACCACCUAGCUGGGGUUAACUGAAUGCAGCAUGCCUCAAAACCCUGUGCAUAUGUAUAAAAGGUGUGAAUAUAUGCGUAACGUGUACAGUAUAUUCCCAGUGCGCAUGUGUGUGUAGAUACCGUGGAUGCUUGUGGGUAUGCUGUGUGGGUGUAGAUAUCCAGUUUGGGUGUAGACAUCCUCUGGGGGUGUAGAUAUCCUGUGUGCGUGCUGUUAGCGUGUGAGUGUGUAUAUACUCUGUAUGCUUUACAGCCAUACUGUAUAAUGUUGUCAUGCAGUCACUGUGAAACAGUUCCACUCAUAUUUAAUAUUGACAUUAGUUUUGGGACUGAUAUUUUCAACCUAAGACACAUUAUUAAGUUAUAUGCUCCUAUUUAGAGAAUAAAAGAGAAAAUGCUGUGAUGCUUGGAAAUGUGUCUAACCGAAGUUGAACAGGCAGUUUAGGUGAACAUCCCUGAAAGUACAGAAGUGCCUUGAACAGUGCUUUCCAGUGGAUCCAAGGGUGUCCGAAAGAUUUGAUUCUGUAUUGGUUGCCAUAAGGUUCUACUUUUUACUGAUCUGAAAAUGCAUUUGGUUCCUGAAUCCUUCCGUGCCCAGAGCUAACAAUUUUUGAUUCUCAGAACAUUUCCAGCGUGUAGAUUUGUUUCCGGUUUCCUGGAUGUCCCAUGAACAUUGUUUGUAAAGUCAGUCACAAGGAACAUUGACAAAAAAACCAUUGAGGGAUGUUGCAAGUAAAUUUGUGUGCAACAUCCCUGGAAUGCUUUUUUCUGUGACUUGUUUGGAAUGUUUGAGAAACACGCUCAUUGUAAUGUUGCUUCAGAACUAAAUGGGAUCUGCCAAAUCAACCAAAUCUAACCAGAAUCUUCCCCAAAGUUUUGGAAAUGUUAGCUGGGGCAGCACUCAGUGUGGACUGUGCAUUUCAGGGGGCUGGCCUGUGAUGUAGUCUAGGGCAGGGCUUCACGGAGAAGGGUUAGGAUUUGUCAUUGGAGGUCUUUUGUGUGCAUCUGUUUCUCGCUGCAUUGGGGGCUACUCUGCUGUCAAUCCAGUAUAUAGCUUGGGGAGUGGUGUCUGAGCUGCGGCAUUGACUCUGGGACAGAGCUUUUCAGUGUAAAAUAAUCAGUGCAAUUUCAGUGAUGCACAAUGCUUGUAAAUGCUGAAAAAUUGAGUUUCAGAUUAUGAUAUGCAUUCAGGCAAGGAGCCUUAAUAAGUGUUCACUAGGCUUCUCUAGACUUUUAGUGCUGUGCUCAACAGCCGUAGACUGCAUAUGCGCUUACAUUAGCAUCUUAGUUAGGUCCUUUUUUAUGUUUGUUUCAUUAACGUAUUAUGACCUUUUUUGGGGAGGGAAGGCAUUAUUAUCAUUUAUAAUUUAUUUACAAUGAAUAUAAUUGCCAUUAUGAAAGGUUCACACAUGCAGUAUGUACUGUAUCAAAAGUUGGUGACAUCUCAGAGAGUAGGCUGUCUGGGAUAACAGUUUUUGUUUUACUUGGACCAAUUUCCAAACUUUCCACCAUGUAGACCAGUAAUGAUAAAAAUUCUGCCACAUCUUUAUUUGCAGAGCUUCAGUCUUCCUGAGAACUGCUCCAGUCUGCUUUGCCAGGCAGUCUAAUGGGGCUAUGCAAACGAGCUUUGAAAUGCCCAUAAAAUACCCUCCCUCAAAAUGAUAACUGAAUGGCCUGAAGGGGGCAUUCAUUGUCCAACAGUCCAUUACCAGGCAUUUGGAAUUUAAGCUGACAGACUACUUUAUUUAGCGGAAGCAUACAUUGUUCUCGGUGAGAACUACGACAAGCAGAGAAGGAAAUUGCUGUAGUGAACAACUCUACCAACACACCCCCCUGUGCAAAUGAAUACAGCCUGCCACAGUGCAAGUAAGCAAGUGUUUCUGCAGUGCACAAAAGUAUUGAUAAUGAACAUUAUUAUUACAGUCUGGAGCAAUAACCACUCACAGUUAUCUAUUUAAUACAGGUGUAUAUGUUAAUCAAGCUUUAAUUUGGUGGAAAACCACAUUUAGAAUGCAUUUGUUUGCAUGAAAAGCAGCGUGGAACAGUUGUUCGGGAGACCAAAGCUCCACAAAGGUUUAUGUGACAAAGUUAUUAUCAUUGCUGAUCAGUAUGGUGGAAUUAAUUCGGAAAAUGGGUCCAAUUAAAAAAAAAAAAACAAAGUUAACCUUUCAGCCUGACUUGGGAACAGCUGUGUGAUAAGAAAUAGUGGCCGACUCAUGUGCUUCAGAGGAAAGCAUGUGCUUGUCUGCAUUGUCCUGAAUCAGCAGCAGAGGUUGCAGCAACGAGCAACCAUAUACAACUGGCCGUUGAAAUUUUUGGCCAGGCUUUGGGAAAGAGAAGCAAGGGCUCUCGCAGCUGUACUCUUAAUUUGGAUAGUCUUAUUUACACACCAAAAUCUGAUAUGUUUGUGUAGAAACAAGUUACUGGGCUUCUAGUAUUUUUCUGUGUUUUGGAUUUUCCAUAUUUAAGGUUAACCCAAUUUAAAAAAGAACUUUGUUGUGGAUUGUGUCACAAUAUUAUUGUGUAUUAAUUAUUACAUUUAUAAUGUACACCUGGAAACAAAACAUUGUAUGACACCUGCAAGAGUAUCAGUAAUUGGAACUUGAAAACUGACCGUGUAAAACCUUGCAAAUAAAUAGAAAUAUCCCUGACUGUAUUGAACUUUGCUAACAAACAUAAAUGCUUAUGUGCCCAGUGAAACUGUGAAACAGAGGCUCAGCAUUCUUUGUUGUCUGCAAUGAUGUUUGCUGACACAUGCCAACAGGCAGUGGUGCUGCUCAUUCGGGUCUUCAAUAAAUAAUAUAAGUGACUUUAGUUCCUGUCCUUCCUCAAAUGUACAGUAUAUUAUUCCAUCAAUUCAAUUUGAAUUGAAAUUUUAUAAAUAGUAUGCAGAAUCCUCUGCUUUAGCAAAAUACUUCCAGUUCAAGGAGGCCUCUCUUAUCUUGUAUCUACUAUGGUACACCUGAGUCUGUAUGUCCAUCUGUCCCUCUGUCAGUCUGAACACAUGACUUUGUCUAUCUGUCCCUCUGUAUGCCUGAGUCUGUAUGUCCAUUUGUACGCAUGGUUUUUCCUGGCUCAAAAUAGGGCUGAGGUGGUGAUUUUGCAUGACAGCGACAGCUGACCAGCCUAACUGCCACUGUCAACUCAAUGUGUUGUCUCCCUAUAUUUAAAUACAAUUAUAAAGUUCUGUAUGAGUCUUUAAGAGACCACCACAAUGCAUUGGGAUGUAAGCUAUAAGAAAAUGAAACACAUAGCUAAAAUGAAAAAUUGGAACAAGUGAAAAACGUAUUGGGGGUUACACAUUUGUAAGUGCCAGAAUUGCCCUGAAAUGCAUUUCAUAUCAAUCACUCAAAACUUGCAAUAUUAACCUUUUAUCUUAAAGAAUCUAGACAAAUGGCACCUUAAUAUAUUUCAAUUAUUUUUAUACAUGCACUCAAAGAAUGCUUGCACUACCAUUUUUGUCACUGGUGUACAUUUUAACAACAGAAAAGGUUUUUCUGAAUUUUACUUCUCAUUUCAAUCACUGUAGGUUACUGAUAAUACAGUAGAGUCCACUUAAUUGCACAACUGGAUAAUUACAUAAUUCAGGUAUUUGCAGAGAAUUGCCAAAUCCCAAACCAUUUCCCAUUCGUUCCACAGAUGCCUCAUAAAUAAACUGACAAUUCCCUGGAAAGACACAAAAAUCGCCCAAAUUUGCAAAGGUAGGUGGUUUUUGUAUAAAAUCAUGUCUGUAGCUGAUGCCUAUGCAUCUGUUGUCGGCACUCAUUAUUUCAUGCGAUUAAGCGGACUGUACUGAGGGUAAUAUAGCGGUCAUUGUAAACUUAGGCUACAUUGUAAACUUGAAAGCAAUCAAAACUAAAAAAAAUAAAUAAAUAAAAAAAACUUUAAAUGCAGUCUAUUAUUUUAAUCUAUUAUAUAAAUAAUUCACAUUCACCAAAUUGUGCCAAUACAUGCACGGACCAUUUCUAUUUGUUUGCAUUUUUUGCACGAUUUCUCCUAUAGGUGGCUUGAAAAAAAAUACUGCAGGAAAAACCCUGUGUAUGCCUAAAUCUGUGCGUACAGCCAAGAUUGUAUGUUCAUCUACACUCCUGAGUCUGUCUGCGUGCUCUUCUGUAUGUAUGAGUCUGUUUGAAUAAUGAGUAAUCAUGAAAGCAGUGGCCAGGGAAUCGGAUGCGUGCUCUGCAGCUCUGUGUACAGUUACUUCUGCGUCUUCUCCUCCUGGUCACUUAUAUCUCCUGACCUGGUCAAUAGCCCUUAACCACAAUGGCUGUACAUGCUUAAAGUCAAAUAAACUUAUUUUGAGCUUGA